AUGGACCCUGUGGGGGCAGACCCCUCAGCGCACCCAGGACCUCUGACUCACCUAAGCCUGCCGGACAGCUCGGAGGCGCGGCCGCAGAGCGGAGCCGACGGGCGGAGCCUCCCGGACAGUUGGACCAGGUCAUCCCCAGAGCCCGCCGCGGUCCUGAGGGAAGGUGUGCGCCAGUGCCUACAGCAACAGUGCGAGCAGACGGUGCGGAUCCUGCACGCCAAGGUGGCCCAGAAAUCAUAUGGAAAUGAGAAGCGGUUCUUCUGCCCCCCGCCCUGUGUCUACCUCGCAGGUCCCGGAUGGAGGGUGAAGCCAGUGCAGGGCCAAGCCCACCAGGCAGGGGAGACCGGGCCCAUCGUCUGCGGUUACAUGGGACUGGACGGCGCGUCCGGCAGCGCUGCCGAGACGCAGAAGUUGAAUUUCGAAGAGCAGCCGGACUCCAGGGAAUUCGGUUGCGCCAAGACCCUGUACAUCUCGGACGCAGACAAGAGGAAGCACUUCCGGCUGGUGCUGCGGCUAGUGCUCCGAGGGGGGCGGGAGCUGGGCACUUUCCACAGCCGCCUCAUCAAGGUCAUCUCCAAGCCCUCGCAGAAGAAGCAGUCGCUGAAAAACACCGACCUGUGCAUAUCCUCGGGCUCAAAGGUCUCCCUCUUCAACCGCCUGCGCUCCCAGACGGUCUCCACGCGCUACCUCUCUGUGGAGGAUGGGGACUUCGUGGCCAGUGCACGCCAGUGGGCUGCCUUCACUCUCCACCUGGCUGAUGAACACUGUUCCCAGGGAGACUUCCCGCCUCGAGAGGGCUAUGUCCACUACGGCUCCCUGGUGCAGCUGAUCUGCACGGUCACGGGCAUCACACUACCUCCAAUGAUCAUCCGCAAAGUAGCUAAACAGUGUGCACUCCUCGACGUGGAUGAGCCCAUCUCCCAGCUGCACAAGUGUGCAUUCCAGUUCCCAGGUGGUCCUCCAGGAGGAGGUGGCACCUACUUAUGUCUCGCCACAGAGAAGGUGGUGCAGUUUCAGGCCUCCCCCUGCCCCAAGGAGGCGAACAAGGCAGUGCUCAAUGACAGCUCUUGCUGGACCAUCAUCGGCACCGAGUCAGUGGAAUUCUCCUUCAGCACCAGCCUGGCGUGUACCCGGGAGCCUGUCACUCCGGUGCCCCUCAUCAGCACCCUGGAGCUGAGUGGCGGGGGCGAUGUGGCAACACUGGAGCUCCACGGUGAAAACCUCCACGCGGGGCUCAAGGUUUGGUUCGGGGAAGUGGAGGCCGAAACCAUGUACAGGAGCCCGCGGUCCCUAGUGUGCGUGGUACCAGACAUAGCCGCCUUCGGCAGCGACUGGCGCUGGCUGCGCACACCCAUCACAGUGCCCGUGAGCCUCGUGCGUGCCGACGGCCUCUUCUACCCCAGCGCCUUCUCCUUCACCUACACCCCGGAGUACAGCGUGCGGUCCGGGCCUCCGGGUGCCUCUGCGCCCGCCGCCGACGCCGAUGCGCUCCUGGAGAGCAUCCAUCACGAGUUUACACGCACCAACUUCCACCUCUUCAUCCAGACGUAGCAGGCGCGGGGUGGACGCGGGGCCUGAUCCCCGGCCGGUUUGCUGGGUCCUGGGCCCUGCCCUCUGCCCCUGUGCUGCGGAAUUGAAGGCUGCAGCCCGAGCAGCAGAAG